UAAUAAGAUUGAUUAGAUAUUUGAUUAGAUACCUGGUAUUUAGAGUAGUAAUAUUACUUAACCCAUGCCACUUAACAAUCAACGACCCACACCUCCGAACAUACAUCUCCGGGUUCAUUCCGCCGUCAUUCUUGCUUCCAUUGCGCUUCGAUACUCGAGUGAGGCGAAGUUAGUACUCGCACCUCAAAAUAUGUCAGAGGAGAUAAAUAUUUCAGCAUUCCCAAAAUUUAACGAUCUGCCUAUCGAAUUGCGCCAUAGCGUCUGGGAGCUGGCUAUCCCGGACGAUACCCCGGAGAUAUGUAUCCCGUGGCCGUUGGAGGAGGAGCCAGUACGCUGGCCACACGACCACGUCGGCCAUGUUAGGUCGACAAACUAUCUACAGCCGUUUCUUGUGGACACAUGUUUCCCUACUAUUAUGCAUGUAUGCCAGGAGUCGCGUUACUUGGCGAUAUCUCGGUUGCGAUUUCGAUAUUCACACAUAGCGGGCUGUCCCGUGCCAUUUCGCGCAUUUCGCCCUGACCUGGAUAUCGUCUAUAUAACCCUUUGUCGGCCUCCUACUGAUAUCAACGCAGUGCCUAGAUGGGGUAGAUAUCCUCAUGGCACGCAGCAUAUAGCAUUAGACUUGCAUACCAUCAAGGACGGCAGUUUUCUCUGGAUUCUGCUCAGCGACCCGUCCUUGGAUCUGCGGACCAUGUCUUGCAUACUUCCCGCGUCUGAAGCUAUCCUAGACACGGCGGUUCGGUUUCGGCCUCCGGUGCGACGGUGUCGGCUCCGCGAAGUCGGGAGACCUUCUAAUGGCUCGGAGAACAACAUCAUCUAUGUGGACCGCGGCUAUGACAGGCGCAUGACCGGCAUGGGCCGCUACCUGGAGGAGGUACGAGACACAGUGAGCACCGAGUUCACCGAGGUCCUCGAAAUCCAGGAGGUACCAGAGCAGUACUUGCGCCGAUGGAAUGAUGCAGAAGUCAGGUUCGAUAUCGAACUUCUCGCGAGGACGUUCGAGGAGUAUCGGGGCGGGCGCUGGGUACCUAGCUCAGAACACCCCGUUGGGUUCGACUGCCAGUCCAUCAUAUUCCCCGCCUCGUGGCAAGCACUCGAUAGUGCUAGAACCUACCGGGUCAGCGAGCUGGAAAGAUGGACACCUUUGAGAAAUCCCGAGACGUUUCGCGUCAACGAUAUCCAACAGAACGAGGUACCCUUUGAAUGAUCUUGAGAGAAGUUAUAUAGAAUUAGCAUUUUAUUUAUUACCGGUGGGGAACCCUCUGGAUACUGUUAAAUACUGCUAAUAAUGUCGUCGUCGCUUAGAAGUAUAUAGAAAUCGUACUAAUACUAUUAGACUUGUGUUACAAGGGUCAGAUGUCCCAUACGGAGUUUAGCCCCGGCCCCGAAUGAGAUAACUGCCAUCCUUGAAAUGCCAAGAGGCGAAUCUUGACUAUGUAUCAUGGAUCACUCAUGUCACUUCUCACGGCCGAUAGAUAAUAAGUUUGAUUGGACAAGCUAUUGGAGGUAUUCCAUAAGGGGAAUAGCUAUACCAGAACUUCUCAUCAAACUUCGUUGGCUGCUAUUUUAUGAAUGCCCACAUGGCAUACACUAUUCCGAGAAACGUUGCAUCCGGGAAGGCUAAGAUUAACCUGAAUCUAAUAGGAUCUUACCGUCGUGAUUUCAUCUAUGAUGUUACCUAGCAAUAGCAUACCGUCACCAUUGCUUCUUCAAGG